CCCACCCCAUUUGGUGGCAUGCAUUUAUUAUAGGUGCCCUAGGAGGCAGAAAAUCCUACCUUAUUUUGGCUUGGCGUAUGUUUGACUUUUACUUGCUGGCGCAAAGCGCAAUACCUUAUUUUGUCGGAGACGGUAACUUCACGGCCACCCGUCCAUUGGGAUCUGAUCGUCCAAUUUCCGACUCGCCGGCGACAGCUCUCAGCCGUUGGGAGAAGAGAAAAAUGGAAAGGGAAAACUUGCGGUAGGAAAAGGCACGUUCGUACAUGCAUGGGGAGGACACGUGGCGCAUGGAAAACUGAUCUGUUGCACUAGCUAGUUUGGGCUUGUUGGGUAAUCUUUACUUUAAUCCUAGUUGUUUUGUUGUCUCUCCAUUUGGGCUCCAAUACUUUUUACACUACUCUCACUUUAUUAAUAAAACUGAUCAGUUAAAUAAAUAAAAAAAGAGUGCAAGGGAAAUGUCAUUAACAUAGAGCACCUGAGAGAGAAUAAAUAUGCCGACUACUUGGCUUCUAGAGGGCACUCCCUACCUUUUGAUUUCCACUGUUCGAAUGAUUCCGACCCUAUGUUGAACUACUGGAUUACGUAUGAUUUACAUUGAUCAAUGGUAGAUUCAUUUCAAGGAAGAAUCAAAUCUCCUUUAGCAAAUUCAUAGUUGGUCGAUGACAUGUUAAUUUCCAACAUCAUAGAUAUGUCAUGGUAUAUUAUGUUUUCGAACAACUACAGUUCUAUUGCGAACUGUCGAGAAGAAAUGAUGGAGAAAUGAUAAAUCAUGAAUACAGAGAGGAUGAACGAUGUUCAAUUCAAUAUGGUUUGUCUCUCCACAGACAACCAAAUCCAUUAAGCCAGUACUCAAGAGGGAAAUAACGUGCAUUAAUCUAGAUAGCACAGAAUUCCGAGCAUCAAACAAAAAUAAUAAAAAACAUUGAUACGAUCCUCGAACUCUAACCUACAUAGACAAGAACAUAGUUAUAAGCGAAUACGCGUCAUAAGAAAGGUUUGAAAUAAUCUAAUUGAUGAACCAAAUGUGUAUUGAAAAUCCGUAAAAAAAAAACACUUGAAAAUAUCAAAUAGUAAAUUAUUUUGUGUCGACACUUGAAAAUGUCAAACAAUUCAAUUCAAUCCAUCCAUCGACCCAUUUCAAUUGCAGAAAAUCGCGGUCCACCACUCUCCAAAACCCACCUCCACUAACUAUAUAAACUAUCGUUAAUCUCACCUCAUUCCAACAUCCUCAAACAAUAAAAACCAAAUAAAAACACACGAUCUAAUUUGUUCGCUCUCUUUCCUCUUUCCCCCACCGUAAACUAAACCACCAAAACCAAGAAAGCGCCAUGGCCAGCAUGCAACAGAGCAGGGCCGAGGGGCAGGAGAAGGCCCAGGAGUGGACCGACAGCAUGCAGCAGAAGGCCGACUCCGCCAGCCACAAAACCGCCAGCUCCGCCGAAUCCGCCAAGGAAGGCGCCCAGCAAAAGGCCGCCGCCGGCCAGGAGAAGGCCGCCAGCGCCGCGGAGACGGCCAAGGGCAACGCCGAGUCCGCGGCCGAGGCCGCCAAGGACAGGGCCUCCCGGGCCGCGGACUCCACCAAGGAGACCCUUGGGCUGAAGGGAGAAACGGCCCAGGCGGCCAAGGACAGGACCGUGGGCGCGGCCCAGUCCGCCAAGGAGACGGCCCAAGAAGGCGCGGAUAAAGGGGCCAACCUUCUCCAGCAGACUGGUGAGUCGGUGAAGAAUAUUGCGCAGGGGGCGGUGGAUUCCGUGAAGAACACGCUUGGAAUGGGCGAGAGGAAGUGAUGAUUCAAGAUAAUGCAGGAGGAGGAGGAUGGAGAAUAAAAAAAAACUUGGAACUCAUAAUACAAGUAUAGCUCUCUUCGUUUCUCGAUGGUGAAAGUGUUUGAGAGUUAAAUUUUCUAAGCUAUUUUUUAUAUAUAAGUUUCGUAUUUCUUUUUUACUGUUUUUUUUUUUUGUUUCCUUUGUGUGUAAUGAUUUAUGUUUUUGCCUUCCAAUUUUGUUCAAAAUUGUGAAGAAUAGUUGUGAUGAAUACAAAAGUUUAUGUAAACAAAUUUCUGGCGAUCUUAGUAAAGAUGUAUGGUUUUAAUAGAUUAUGAUAAUUUCAAAAUUACGGGAUAUGAUGGUCUAUCUAUUCAAAUUUCACAUAAACGCAAUUUUUUGUCACUGAAUCCAGAAAUUCCAUCUCACUACAAACCAUCCUAUCAACAACAUUUAUGAUGUCUACACAAAUCGUCUCAUGCCUCCAAUUGAGUCUCUCCUCCCUUAUCCAAUUUGUAUAAUGUUCUCCAUCAAAUUCGAACCGAACAAAGAACAAAGUAUAUGUGAUAUAUAGAUCUUGAAGAGUUAUUCAGAAUUUUUAUAUAAAUAUUUAGGGGUGGUUUGGUAAUGUAGAAUUCAUAUAUUUGAGGAAGUUACGUAUUCUAUAUGAGAAUUUAUAUAAUAUUAAAAUGCAUUGUUUGGCUUGUAUGAAUUUUCAACAACGAUGUAUUAGUAUAUGAAGUACUGGUAAAAUUCUUAAAUGUCCCAAUGUAGUAUGAGAUAUUUUUUUUUUUACAAUUUAGUACCUACCCCUUUAAAAUUUUACAAAAAGACCCAAUGUAGUAUGAGAUAUUUGUUGUUACUAAGGGUCAGGGGGUCAAAAAGCUACCCGUCCCUAAGUUGUCCCUGCCCAUCCCGACCCUUACAAGAUCAACAAAUGAGUCGUUUCUAAUUUGACCCUAUAAACAAACUGACACGUCUCAACCCUCAGGGACGGAACGAGUCAGUGGAUCAUCCAAGUCAAGCUUAUACCUCUACUAUUAGGGAUGGCAAUGGGUCGGGUUGGGGCGAGUUUUGCCAAACCCGAACCCAAACCCAUGGGUUUAUCCGCCAAAAAAACCCGGGGUAAAACCCGUUGGAUUUGAAAAACUCAAACCCAACCCCACUCGCUGGGUAUCCGCAGGUUCAUGGGUACCCGUGGAUUUUUGUGGUAAAAAAUUUACAAUAACAAAUUUCUUUCAAAAUAAAAAGUCUAACAUCAAUUUUCUCAUAAAAAUUAUCCUUACAAAAAACACUAAUCUAGAGCAUACAAGCAAAGCCGAAAUUAUCAAUACAAAUUGUUCAAAUUAAUGAUAAACAUCUAUAAACAACAUGAUUAAUUGAAAGCUCCUUCCUCAUUGUCAACUAAACUUCUUCACUCUCCACUCGAUAAUAUCAACUUCAUUGUACACAAUUUGAAAGAAUAAAUUAGACAUGUCUCCACAAACAUAAAGAAGAUUAGUUAUUUAAGAAAGAUAUAUUGCAAAUAACCCGGAAAAAUUAAUUAUAUGGGUGUGGGCGGGUACCCAUGGGUCGGGUUUACCUAAACCCAAACCCAACCCAACCCGAUAAAUAGUGUAGCAGGUUUAAACCCAAACCCGACCCAAAACCCGUCAACACGGGUUUUACCCGCGUUGACCAGAUUGAGUCGGGUGGGUACCCGUGGGUUCGGAUUUUGUUGCCAUCCCUACCUACUAUCCUGUCUAUCCAUGAUAUCUGAUGGAUAACAUCAUUAUGGGCCCAAUAAUAUAGGCCAAACCUAAUAUGGAAUUUACCUAAGCCCAAAAGGAAAAUAGUCAGGUGUGUAGAAAGAGCCCAUAGCUCCAGAAUGAAUUUCGAAGAUGACG